GCUAAUUUCUCUUGCUUGCAGUGGUUGGCAAGAACUGUCACAAACUUCACAUAUUCUAACUGCGUUAUCAACAUCUUCCUUUUCUUUUUUUUCUUGAAGUCGACAAUAUGGUGCAGCGUUUGACCUUGAGGAGACGUCUUUCCUACAACACUAAAUCGAAUAGAAGGCGUAUUGUGCGUACACCAGGUGGGCGCCUAGUAUAUCAAUACGUCAAGAAAAAUAAAACUGUGCCUAAAUGUGGACAGUGUAAAGAGAAAUUAAAGGGUAUUCGCCCUACACGCCCCUGUGAACGCAGUCGACUGUCUAAACGUCAAAAAACUGUCGCCCGUACGUACGGUGGUGUUCUUUGCCACGGUUGUUUACGCGAGCGCAUCGUUCGUGCUUUUCUUAUCGAAGAACAGAAAAUAGUCAAGGCUUUGAAAAGCCAACGCGAAAUGAUGGUUAAACCCGUCAAACCUGUGAAGGCUGUAGAAAAGAAGCAGAGUAAAACAGCUGGUGCUGCCAAAACAGCAUCUAAAUCGGCCACAAAAAAGCCCGCUCAGAAAUCAACCGGUAAAACCAAAAAGUAGAAGGAAUUUUGGUUUUGUUCGUUAGAAUAUUUUCUGAGAUAAUUUGUGUUUUUUUUUUUAUUUAAUAAUAAUAAAAAGAAAUAAGUGCGCGAAA